GCUCAAAGUGUUCCUGGCAAGCUGCUGGCCCUGGGGAAGUUCAGGGGGCAGGCCUGGAGAGGAGAAGGGGAAGUGGGGAGGGAUGUGAAACUUGGCUGCAGCCUGGCGCCACUCCUGCUGGGUGUCCCUCAGGCCCUGGGCGGAGGGCAGGAGCGUCCAGUUGGAGUCCACAACCAGAGGCAGUGCCGUCAUGGAGGCCCCCUGGAGAUGGCUGGCGGUCUGUGUCCUGGCCGUAACCCUGGCCUCGGCGGUGACACAGGACGUGUGCCGCGCACCCAACGGGCAGGACGGGGCCGCGGGAAAACCUGGGCGACCCGGGCGGCCAGGCCUCAAGGGGGAGCGCGGGGAGCCGGGGGCCCCUGGCAUCCGGACAGGCAUCCGGGGCCUUAAAGGAGACCAGGGGGAGUCUGGGGCCCCUGGAAGCCCCGGCAAGGUGGGCUACCCGGGGCCCAGCGGCCCCCUGGGGGACCGUGGCGUCCCAGGAUUGAAGGGCAUCAAAGGCAACCCAGGGAACAUCAAGGACCAGCCGCGGCCGGCCUUCUCGGCCAUCAGGCGGAGCCCGCCGACGGGCGGCAACGUGGUCAUCUUCGACACGGUCAUCACCAACCAGGAGGGCCGGUACCAGAACAACUCGGGCCGGUUCGUGUGCGCGGUGCCCGGCUACUACUACUUCACCUUCCAGGUGGUGUCCAAGUGGGACAUCUGCUUGUCCAUCGUGUCCUCCUUGAGGGGCCAGGUGCGGCGCUCCCUGGGCUUCUGCGACGCCAACAGCAAGGGGCUGCUGCAGGUGGUGUCGGGGGGCACGGUGCUGCCGCUGCAGCAGGGCGACCAGGUCUGGAUCGAGAGGGACCCCGUCAAGGGCCGCAUCUACCAGGGCUCCGAGGCCGACAGCGUCUUCAGCGGCUUCCUCAUCUUCCCGUCCACCUGGAUGGACAUGCGGCCCAGCUGCCGGCGCCCCCUUGGCCUAACCCUGCUGCUGCUCCUGCUGGCACUGCCCCUUGGGGCCCAGGCGGGCACGGACUGCUAUGGGAUCCCAGGAAUGCCGGGCCUGCCCGGGGCCCCCGGGAAGGACGGGCACGACGGACUGCCGGGGCCCAAGGGGGAACCAGCGCCACCCUUCAGCCACAAGAACAUCGAAGAGGCAAAGCGCAUGUCACUGCCCACACGCCCUGGCUUCUACGCGGUGCCUGCUCUGCUCCCACCCCUCCUCCGGCCUUGGCACUUCCUUGCCCUCCAUCCCACAGACGCAGGGGGUCCAGGCCUCUCCCUGUGGACUGGUGGGCGCUGGACCCUCGAUCUGGUAUUUCUCCCCGCAGGGGCCCCUGGCAUCCGGACAGGCAUCCGGGGCCUUAAAGGAGACCAGGGGGAGUCUGGGGCCCCUGGAAGCCCCGGCAAGGUGGGCUACCCGGGGCCCAGCGGCCCCCUGGGGGACCGUGGCGUCCCAGGAUUGAAGGGCAUCAAAGGCAACCCAGGGAACAUCAAGGACCAGCCGCGGCCAGCCUUCUCGGCCAUCAGGCGGAGCCCGCCGACGGGCGGCAACGUGGUCAUCUUCGACACGGUCAUCACCAACCAGGAGGGCCGGUACCAGAACAACUCGGGCCGGUUCGUGUGCGCGGUGCCCGGCUACUACUACUUCACCUUCCAGGUGGUGUCCAAGUGGGACAUCUGCUUGUCCAUCGUGUCCUCCUUGAGGGGCCAGGUGCGGCGCUCCCUGGGCUUCUGCGACGCCAACAGCAAGGGGCUGCUGCAGGUGGUGUCGGGGGGCACGGUGCUGCCGCUGCAGCAGGGCGACCAGGUCUGGAUCGAGAGGGACCCCGUCAAGGGCCGCAUCUACCAGGGCUCCGAGGCCGACAGCGUCUUCAGCGGCUUCCUCAUCUUCCCGUCCACCUCCUGGCUCAGCACCCAGAAGAAAGUGUCGAGUCAGGGAGAUCUGUGGGAAAGGGGAUGUGGGGGGGAGGGGGGAGAGGGCCCGGCCGCUCUGGACAAUCCCUGCCCGUCCACUCCGCACGGCGGUGUCCUCCUGCCCGGGAGAGGGAGGAGGCCUGAGGACCUCUCUGUGACCCGGCCAGACCGCCCACCCCAGCGAGGCCAGGACCCUGUCCAGCUCCUUCCCCAGGACAGACAUGCGGCCCAGCUGCCGGCGCCCCCUUGGCCUAACCCUGCUGCUGCUCCUGCUGGCACUGCCCCUUGGGGCCCAGGCGGGCACGGACUGCUACGGGAUCCCAGGAAUGCCGGGCCUGCCCGGGGCCCCCGGGAAGGACGGGCACGACGGACUGCCGGGGCCCAAGGGGGAACCAGGAAUCCAGCCAUUCCCGGGACUCGAGGACCCAAGGGGCAGAAGGGAGAACCCGGCACGCCUGGCUAUCCUGGGAAAAACGGCCCCAUGGGACCCCCUGGGCUGGCGGGGUUCCCGGCAGCAGGGGGCCCCCCGGGACCCGGCGAGGAGGGCAGGUACAAGCAGAAGCACCAGUCCGUGUUCACGGUCACGCGGCAGACGGCCCAGUACCCGGCGCCCAACGGCCUGGUCAAGUUCAACUCGGUCAUCACCAACCCGCAGGGGGACUACGACACGGGCACCGGCAAGUUCACCUGCAAGGUGCCCGGCCUCUACUACUUCGUCUACCACACGUCGCAGACGGCCAACCUGUGCGUGCACCUGUACCGCAGCAACGUCAAGGUGACCACCUUCUGCGACCACAUGUCCAACAGCAAGCAGGUCAGCUCGGGCGGCGUGCUGCUGCGGCUGCGGGCGGGCGAGCAGGUGUGGCUGGCCGUCAACGACUACAACGGCAUGGUGGGCACCGAGGGCUCCGACAGCGUCUUCUCCGGCUUCCUGCUCUUCCCCGACUAGGGCGGGGGCCCGGCCCCGCACGCCGUCCUCCCCCCGCUUCCCUGCGUGGCCCACCGUGCUGGCCACUCUCUGCACCCUCGCUCAGGGCCCUCUCGCCACCCGAUGGACUCCUCCUCCAGGAAGCCCGCCCUGGUUGCCACCAUGAGCUCUCUCCCUCUUCUGAGCUCCUUCAGGAGUCACUGCUUGUACGGUCCCUUUGACACAUAGCCAACACCUUCUGGUAUUGUUAUUAGUUUUGUGUUUCAGGUCUUGGAAGAGGUGGGGAGAUAUAUAAAUAAAAAAUUAAAUCGAUAAAUAUGCACGGCUCA